UUCUCUAUAAAAGGGACGAUGCUUUUAAACAGAGAGUCGGCGAUUCCCGUCCUGCAGCUAAAAUCGCAACUCGUGCUGGGGGCUUCGCCUGAUUUUAUUUUAUCCCAACCCCAACCCCACCCCCUCCCCCUCCAAAGCAGUAAACCAUCGCAAUCUUAUUUUUAAUCUGUUUCUCUCUCUGCGUGCGUGUGUGUCCUUUACCUAUCUAUCUCACACCUCCCGAUCCCCUUUCGCUUAGUCUUACCUCCAUCACAUAGACUGUGAGUGCAAGCAACAGCCAACUACAAAAAAAAUAUAGAGCGGCCACGAUGAAGCAGUGAGUGAGAGAGGGAGAGAGAGGGAGAGAGAGAGAGUAAGAGAGAAGCAACAAUCAGACCGGCUGCGCAGAGUCCAUGAAGCUCAGACUUAAAAGAGAGGGGGAAAGGUCGUUUUUUCACCGAUGAUUCUGCACUGUGACAGAUUGGAGCUGGAGCAUUCCUAACCUCUUCAUUUUGCAAACAAAAAAUCGCCGAAGUGUUGCAAAGUCUUCCUAAAUCCUAAUAGAGAGGGAGAGAGAGAGAGAGAGAAAAUCCAACCAACCACCAGCAAAAAAACAGACAACAAAAAGGAUUCAAACUGGCUCUCUCCCCGUCUGCUCAGAACAGUCUGAUUGCUGCGAUCGCUGGCGUUUGUCCUGGCGUUUGGAGAAGUGGGCAUCUUCAUACCAACUGCAACAAAGCGAUGGCAUCCGAGUUGGCAAUCAGCAACGCCGACCUACCCAACAGUCCCCUUGCGAUGGAAUAUGUUAAUGACUUCGAUCUGAUGAAAUUCGAAGUCAAAAAGGAGCCGGUGGACUCGGAAGGCAAUCCGGGCAGUCACUGCAACCGCAUCGGGGGCUCGCUGUCUUCUACGCCAAUGAGCACCCCGUGCAGUUCGGUGCCUCCGUCUCCCAGCUUCAGCGCCCCGAGCCCCGGAGAGCAGAAGGCGGCGCAUCUGGAAGACUUCUACUGGAUGACUAACUACCAGCAGCUGAACCCGGACGCCCUGAGCUUUACGCCGGAGGAUGCGGUGGAGGCCCUGAUCAGCAGCGCCCAUCAGCAGAUGCAAGCCGGCUUCGAGAGUUACCGGAGCCAACAGCAGCAGCAGCAGCAGCAGCAGCAGCAGCAGCAGCAGCAGCAGCAGUAUGCCCCGGCGGCUGGAGCAGGCUUGGCCGGCGAUGAGAUGUCUCCAGCCGGCGCUGUGGUAGCUCAUCACCACCAUCAUCAUCAUCACCAUCACCACCAGGGGCACCAGCACCCAGCGGCAGGAGGAGGAGUGGGCACUGCCGUGGGCAAUGCCGGAGCGAGCACCGGAGGCAUGCACCCGCACCUGCGGGCCGGCGAUGACCGCUUCUCGGAUGACCAGCUGGUCACCAUGUCGGUGAGGGAGCUGAACCGGCAGCUCCGGGGCGUCAGCAAGGAGGAGGUGAUCCGGCUGAAGCAGAAGCGGCGGACCCUGAAGAACCGCGGCUACGCUCAGUCCUGCCGCUUCAAGCGGGUGCAGCAGAGGCACAUGCUGGAAAGCGAGAAGUCGCAGCUCCAGCAGCAGGUCGAACACUUGAAACAGGAGAUCAGCAGGCUGGUGCGGGAGAGGGACGCCUACAAGGAGAAGUACGAGAAACUGGUGACCAGCGGCUUCAGAGAAACGGGAUCGUCCAGUGACAAUCCUUCGUCUCCGGAAUUCUUCAUGCUUAACACAGCAAAUGAUGUCAACGCAGCAGCAAAGAAUGGACAAUACAAUCUGAAAGAAGCUAAACAAAUGCUCAGUUACAGAAAACAUGAUGCCGGAAUGCUGAUUGCUUAGAUCGAAACUUUCCCUGCGGCUUUAGCGUCCGCCAUAAAGCACAAAACCUCAGAGAGAACAUAAAAGAUGACGCUAUGAGAAAGCCAACCAUCACAGCAAGCGUUCUCAAGACUCCUGUGGCUAGUUUAUAGUUUCUUCCUCCUCUUCCUCCUUUGGUUUUUUUAUAUAUAUAAAGCAGAGGAGAGCAAUGAACAAAUGAAGACGACUGCUCGUUCAGGUCUCUCUCACACACCGACACACAUAUACAUUUCUAUACAUAUAUAUAAAAUACGUACGCAUGAUGUUUGAAUAAAAAGACAGUGGAAGUAUUUAACAGAGAGAAAAAAACCACAAAAAAUGACAAGAUGCUGGCAUUACUUUCAAAAUAAACUGAGCAAGGAAAAAAAGUUUCUAAAACUGUGUGUACGUCGGCGAGACAGUCUUAAAUCUGCAAAUGAAGACUUUUGCUGAGGCAAUUACUGACCCUUCCUGAUUCUCAAUCCCACUAGUCGCUGAUGGCACCCUGUGUACAUAGUUAGGCUUCUCUGAUAUAUGCACAUAACUCAACAGUGCUUCCGAUUCUCACAGUCAUUACAGUAUGACGUUAGAUUACGGGUAGUCACACAAAGGGAGAUUUCUGAGACCACUCUUUUGGUCAGUUGGAUUCCGAACAGGCCGAGAUACGCAAAACCUGGUCCAUCCAGCCUGCCAGACUUUACAUUACUAGUGUAUUACAUCGGAGAUGACUGCAGACUUUAAAAGGAUUUGUUUUUUCUUAAGUGUUAUUUUAAUCCCAACUAAAAGAAGAUUGGUGAAAAUCUACACUCUGUUGGCAACAGUGAGUUCGCUGCAGGAUUUAGCCUGCUUAGUUAUUUGCUCUGGGCAUUAGUAACCCCUCUCAGAGAGAAAAAGGACAUACUGGCACAUCAAAACUCAUCACCAUCUGGGAGCUUCAUGUUUUAAAAUCUAUUCCUUUUCCUCCACCUGAUUUAGGAUUAACAUUGUUGAACCCCCCC